AUGGCAACUAGCGUUGAUUCUAAUUGCACGUUGCAUCAAUUUACACCGAAGGAUUUUCAAGAAGAACAGCAACAACAACCAGAAAUUCUUCUAUCCGAUCAGGAUCUGAGAUAUAUAGUUAAUCGUAAGUUACGCGGUAAUAAUAAUUUCAAUGUAUUGAAAAUGAGUAUGGUAUCGGUUGAGAGUACGAGUGGUUAUCUGGGUCAAUAUUACAAUAUUCGCGUGACCGUUAAAUUCGAGGACUCGAGUACGAAGAAAUUGGAUUUCUUUGCUAAAGCACCACCGCCAACUGAUAGCCCACAAUAUGAAUAUAUUUCACGAUACGACACGUUUAACAAAGAGAUAAUAUUUUACACCGAUGUGAUACGUAGAAUGGGUGCUGGUAAAGGUUUUAAGUGGUUCGUCGAGUGUUAUUUGUGCAAGAAGGAUUCUAUUAUAAUACUUGAAAAUGUGAAACUCGAGGGAUACGUAACUCACGACAAACAUGUACCAUUCGAUGAACAACAUUGCAUUUGGACAAUGAGAGCACUUUCUAAGUUUCAUUCGAGAUCCUUGAUCCUUGACGAAAAGCUUCGUUGUACGGGACGAACGAUACUCGAUCUUUACGGACACCUACUUCACGAAAUACUUUAUACCAAUGACGAGUUAUCAAAGAAGGGAAUGAAAGCUGCUAUCUAUGGUAUUUCAGCUACCAUUGAUCUUAUCGAUAGUUUAAACGAACAACAAAAAAUAUCUUUAAAGAAACGCGUGAAUUCUUGGGUAUGGGCUUUACCCAAUAUAUUAAAGCCAUCUAACAAGCAUCGCAAUGUAUUAUGUCAUCGCGACAUUUGGGCAAACAAUAUCAUGUUCAAACACGAUUCUAAUGGUACACCAAUUGGUUGUUACUUGAUAGAUUUUCAGUUGGCACGUUAUUGUCCACCUGCCAUGGAUGUUGUCUGUUGUUUAUAUUUGACAACCGAUCGUGCCACCAGAGAUCGAUAUUUCGAAUCACUUUUGAAGAUUUAUCACGAAACCAUGAAAGAAUCUUUAGAAGAUGAGGGAGUCAACGUCGACGAGUGUUUAUCGUGGACGACAUUUCGCCAAAGUUGCGACGAUGUUAAACACAUAGCAUUAUUUUACGCCCUGAUGAAUCUUCAAAUAAUGUUGAUGCCACCUAAAGCUACGGAACAGUUUAUGGAAUCGCCCGAUAUAUUUGAAGAAUUUAUUUACGGUGAAAAACGUUACGAACUUAUACAAAGUCAAUAUCAAAAAGUAGAACCUUAUAGAAAUCGGUUAAGGGAAAUUGUUCUUGAAACUUUCGAAAUUUUACCGGAUAAACCUAUCGCCGUUUGAAAACAAUUUAUUGCGAAUAUUAAAACGCACAUUUAAAAAUAAAACAAAUAAAUAUUUAAUAAUUGUUAGUAUAGAUUUUGUGUGUUAUCAGAGUAUCAUAUAAGUAAUAAAUCUUUGAUAAAAUAU